AUGGUCCUCGACGAUAUCCUUGAUUCUGGCCUGAAACGAUUGGCACCCGUUGUCCAAGCCCCACCACCAAAAGCGACCACCCUUCUCUCGAAAUUUGUCGACUCUCAUAGGGAGCUCGAGAGUUACAGAAAUGGAAAGACUGUCAAAAUCGACGGACAGACUCUUUCCACCGCUGCAGUUGUCGCCGCCGCUAGGUAUAGCGCCAAAAUAGAACUGGACGACUCUUCUGCGGUCCAGGAGCGCGUCCUCAAGAGCCGAAAGGUUAUUGUUGACAAAGUAGAAAGUGGGGCAAGCGUCUACGGGUUAUCUACUGGGUUUGGUGGCAGCGCCGAUACGCGCACCGACCAGCCAUUACUGUUGGGUCAUGCUCUGCUUCAACAUCAACACAUUGGUGUAACUCCAUCGUCUACGCAGCCCCUUGACGUUCUACCUCUCACAGAUCCUACUACCUCGACGGUUAUGCCCGAAUCUUGGGUUCGCGGUGCCAUGUUAAUUCGAAUGAAUUCGUUGAUUCGUGGUCAUUCUGGCGUCAGGUGGGAACUCAUUGAAAAAAUGAAGGAACUUUUUGCUGCCAACAUCACGCCUGUGGUGCCGUUACGCGGAAGUAUCUCGGCUUCGGGAGAUCUUUCCCCUCUUUCCUAUAUUGCUGGCGCUCUAGUUGGCAAUUCUUCUAUUCAGGUUUUCCAUGGCCCUCCCUCCUUUCAUGGUCGCCAAGUCUCCUCUUCUGGAGAUGCUCUUCUGAAACACAAGAUUGAGCCCAUCUCUCUCGCGUCGAAGGAGCAUUUGGGAAUUCUCAAUGGGACUGCCUUUUCUGCAUCUGUGGGCGCGCUCGCUGUGAACGAAGCCGUGCACAUGUGCCUCUUAGCCCAAGUUUGUACCGCAAUGGGUACGGAGGCACUGAAAGGUACUACCGGUUCUUAUGCCUCAUUUAUACAUGCGGUUGCGCGUCCCCAUCCUGGUCAAGUCGAGUGUGCGCAGAAUAUUUGGAAUCUUUUGCAAGGCAGCCGACUCGCUCAACAACACGAAGAGCAAGAGGAAGUCACGCUCGAAGAGGAUCGUUAUUCUUUGAGACAAGACAGAUAUCCCCUCCGAACUUCGCCUCAAUUCCUAGGGCCCCAGAUUGAAGAUAUUCUCGCAGCCCAAUCGGCGAUAACGCAGGAAUGCAACUCUAGUACCAUUCAUGUAGCGACGGAUAACCCGCUCAUUGACGGUGAUUCUGGUGAAAUUCAUCAUGGCGGUAACUUUCAGGCAAUGGCCGUCACCAACGCUAUGGAGAAGACACGACUCGCUUUGCAUCACAUCGGAAAACUUCUCUUUGCACAGAGCACCGAGCUUUGUAACCCGGCUAUGAACAACGGUUUACCGCCAUCGCUGGCGGCAAGCGACCCAUCUCUGGAUUAUCACGGAAAGGGUGCCGAUAUCGCCACGGCCGCUUAUGUAGCCGAACUAGGUUACUUGGCCAACCCAGUGUCCACCCACAUUCAGUCGGCUGAGAUGCACAACCAAGCCGUCAAUUCAUUGGCUUUAAUAUCUGCAAGGGCAACUAUUACUUCCCUAGAAGUUCUGUCAAUGUUGACUGCAACGUAUUUAUAUCUUUUGUGCCAAGCACUCGAUCUUCGGGCACUCCAACAGGAAUUCAUUUGCGGAUUGGAAGACAUCAUAAAGGAAGAAUUGACGUCAAUAUUUGAUCUCUACUUGACUCCGGCUCAGCACAACACUCUGCUUAAACGGGUGAUAAAGACAAUGGAACAAUCAUUGGACAAGACAACCACCAUGGACAACGCCGAUCGGAUGCGUGAAGUCGCUGGAUCGACCACCACGCUUCUUCUUGACUUCUUAAUGGGUCCCGACAUCGUUGUUGUCCCAGGCGCAGAAUCCCCACUGACCCUAAUUCCGAAGUUCCGAGCGAAUGUUGCAUCCUCCGCAUCGACACUGCUCGACCAACUCCGAAAGGACUACCUCAGCGGCGAUCGUGGAGCGGCGCCCGCCACUUCUCUUUUGGGCAAAACGAAAGCCGUCUACGAGUUUGUCAGAAUCAAUCUUGGGGUUCACAUGCAUGGUGCUGAGAAUCAUGGCCGGUUCGUAAAUGGUGUCGGGGCUGAUAACCUUUCAAUUGGCCAACAUAUCUCGAGCAUCCACGAGGCCAUUCGGGAUGGUAAAUUACAACACGUCGUCCUGUCGCUUUUCGCGUGAUGUGAUUAAGAUUGAAAGGAUGCUUUAUACUGUUUCGAAUUGUAUAUUCUACUGUAGAUUAUUCAUUUUUAUGAACCGCC